UAAAGUAGUUCAUCAAAGACAAGACCAGAAUCACAGACAAAUUCGGUGUUUUAAGCCAAUUUAAUCUAAAUGACCUCGAUACUAGAUCCCUCCUCUUCCAGUCAGUCAGCUGAAGUCAUCCUGAGAGCAUCAGGAGCCUGAGCUCUUCCCGUCUGUCCCACUGAGCUGUGUUGCUGUCUGUGGUCCCUGGUGGAGCUGUUGCUGUUGCUGUUGCUGUUGCUGCUGAGCAUGUGCUCGGUUGCUCCACAGGGCAGAAGGAACGCUUCCCAUCAACGCACAGGUUGCAGGCAUGAAGGGUCGCUGAGCGCACGACUCCGACUCAAGAGUUCAUUUCUCAUCUGUAUGGAUUGUGUUCCUGUCUUCCCAGCACCACCAAGCUGUUAUACAUCCCUGCAUCAUGGAGGCUCAGCCUGGUACAUCAUGGGAGCUCAUCAACAGUGUGACAGAUACAAUAUAUGAGGGCUGAGAGGUCGUCAUGGAGACAGACAGCUACACACCAGGCCCAGCGUCCAGUGACUGGCUCGGGACGGUGGCCGGCCUGGGGGGAAUGGGAGUCCCUCAGGAUUCUGGAGUAGGGGGCUUGCCAAGCAGCCCGGCGUCCUGGUACACGCCAUACUCACUGGGCUUCCAGGUGUCGCUCACAUCCUUCCUCAUGCUUGAGCUAGUGUUGGGUUUCAGCAGCAACCUGACAGUGCUGGUGCUCUACUUCUCUCAAUCCAAUUUAGUGGACUCUGCGAGCAAUAUGGUGACUGUCAAUCUGCAUGUGUUGGAUGUGGCGGUGUGUGUGCUGUGUCUGCCCCUCACUCUGGUGAUUGUGCUGUUGCCUCCUGGACCAAACCUGGCCCUGCUCUGCUGCUUCCACGAGGCAUGUGUCACUUUUGCCAGCAUAUCCACAGCCAUCAACAUCCUGGUCAUCAGCUUGGACCGAUAUGACAUCUCAGUGCGGCCUGCCAACAGGCUGCUGACUACACGUAGAGCAACGCUGCUCCUGGCUGCCGUUUGGGUCACCUCGAUAGCUGUGUUUUUUAUCCCAUUCUUAGAGGUGCAGUGGUCCAGUGGAGAAGGAGCAGAGGAGAGAGGGAAGGUGACACGCUUGUCAUUGUCCUCACAUGGUAUCAGUUCCACCGUGGUGCCAGCGUGGCGUAACCAGACACUGCUGUGUGUUGGCGGGCAGGACUACCACACAGGCCUGGGUAUGCAUAUCCAUCUUAUCCUGCAGGUACCCAUCUUCUUUACCACAGUGGCAGUCAUGCUGUUUACCUACUCCAGAAUAUUGAGGGCUUUAAACAUCCGUAUUGGCUCCCACAUGAAGAAGGGAAAGCAGUUCAGGGGGCCCCACAAGAGACAAAAAAAGGUGGGGCUCAGAAUGAAUAAUAGUGGUGGGGAGGUAGGAGGGGAGCAGUGCACCACAGAUGGUACUAAACAGCUUAGCCACCCUCCCCUUAUCCCUUCCUCCUCCCCCACCCCCACAGCUACCUCCCCACCUGCGUUGUCUUCUUCUGCUCCACUAGUGACCUCUGACACAAACGCUGCAACCGCCAUGCCUACCACAAGCGUCCAGGCUUCUGUGUCGGCCAUCAUUGCCCUGAGGCGGGCAGUGCGGCGACACAGGGAUCGACGCGAGCGGCAGAGGCGGGUGUUUAAGAUGUCCCUCAUCAUUAUCACCACCUUUCUGGGCUGUUGGGCUCCCCUGUCCGUGACCAACAUGCUUAUCUUGGGCAUAGGCCCCAGUGAAGCCCUGGUCAGCCUACGCCUCUGGUUCUUAGCCCUGGCCUACGGUACAACUGUCUCCCACCCUCUGCUCUAUGCUUUCACCCGACAGAAGCUACGCCGUGCCCUCCGUGCUAAGGUUAAGAAAAGGGUGGUGUCCCUGCUCCAGGUAGACCCUUCACCAGGGGGCACUAUCAUACACAACUCCUGGGUGGAGAACAGAAAAACCAGCCGGCAGGUGCGGCUGGAAGCAAGUAAAGGUACAGACCACUGCUUGGCAGAGGUCCUCUGAGACUGACAGACAUGGGCCGGGGUAGUACAAUUAAAAAGCAGGAAAGAGUCACAGGUGUGUUCUAUUAUGAAACUCACUGGUGCAUGAAGCUAGUAUGUGAAAAACACAAUUUCACCUCUGGGAGAUGUUUCAAUGUAACCAGCAGCAGCAAGCCCAUACUAAUCACAGCUAAUGUUCAUCUCAGGCUUCAGUUAGAGCAGGAUGUUGUUGUCACUGUGGUACACACAGCCUCUGCUGCUGAAGAAAAUCAUACAACAGCAAACAAAAAAGUGUACAUAAUUUGCACUGUUUCAAGUUGUAAGGUCUGUUUACAAAUGGACUUGUAUGAUAGAGCGUUCUCAUAGUGGUGCUUACCUAACAGCUCCGAAGAAGGGAGCAGAGGAUAAACUGGUCUGCCACCCACUCAAAUGCCCCAAGGCAGCUUUAAAAUAAACAUUGACACUUUGAACAAAUAAAUGCUUAUCAAACUCUUUGAAUGUAUUUAAUAUUGUCUCUGUCUUAGUUCUGCUCAGAUGGUAUAUGGUGUAUUCUGAACUUAAAAGGGAUCAUGCUGGAUAUUUACACAGCAAUGAUAGAAUGAUGAGAUGUAAAUGUUUCCGGGUGUAGGAGGGGAACAAGUCAGAGAACAAUUAAAGGCUAGUGUGAAUUAUUAAAUGCAGUUUUGCUUUAGCAUAAGUAGUUACUAAACUCUCAAUGUUACAGUGUUUACAUAAAAUCUUGCAAUGCUCUUUCAUGUAAAUGCAACUCUUUUGCUCUUAAAUUUAUAUCAAAUCAAAAAUGUAAUAUUGGUGUUUUGCAUACUGCUUGGAGAAGGUAAGCACAUUGAUUAAGCUAACUAGUUAGCAUAGAUCUGUUCUACAACAGAUGUUACAUUAUCUUACCUGAAGCGUUUUAUCCAGUGUCUUUAUAUCAGUUGGGAAGCAAAAAAACAAGCAAGACCUGCUGCUUGUGUGAGUAACGUUACAGUCCGGUACAAAACACACUGUUAUCAUAGCUUUAGCGAGACGUCGUUCAUGCGACUUUGGGGUGAGUAGUCUUUCUAAUUAGGCUACAUAUUUCCAUUCUUAUACUUUACUUCAACAAAUUUGCAAGAAACUGAGACCGCAAAGUUAUUUUUAAAUCUUGCAAACAUCAUAUGUGUAGCUAUGUCAUGGUGUAUUCAAACAGGAUCAAAAAAGUAAUUCACUACAGCAUUUUGUUCUCUAAAAUUGGGUCCAAUGGUGGUUCCCCAGAAGGGGAGGGACCUCACCUCUCUAUAUCAAUAAUGCUUCAAUUUACAUUACUAAUAGAAAUCUGCGACCGUUGGACUUGUUGCUUACCUUUUUCAGUAAUUUAAGCAUUAUCUGAUGAUGCAGGUAGAGCUGAAGGUGGCACGGGUUACCAUGGUUACAUGUCUCCAACAGGAAAGAACUCUCAGAAAGUGACGUGGUAAUUACAGCUCAGUGCAUCAUAAAAGAUACACGGGUUACUGUUAAUUCACACAAAAGUAUGUUGAACGAUAGUAGGCCUAUACAUAUUAGGUACAUACUGAUGCUAUGCGGUUUUGGACACAGUCAUGUAUGGACACAUGGGAGUGCUAUCAAGCGUCUCAUCUUACUCCUUUAGCAAUGCCUCUUUGCCAAAACUGCUAACUACUGCUAAUAGUAAAAAAUAAAAUCUAUUUAAUGACUUAUGUGGAAAGUCAGCUGGCGGUGCUGAAGUAGCUAUGAUACUGUAAAAUAGACAAGGUGAAGGAGAAAAUAACAGGAACACCUUUUGAUAUAAGGCAGUCCAGUGCAUCACCAAAAGUGACAAUC